CAAAAUCAAUCACAGCCACUCCUUUGGCAUUGCCUAAGAGACAAGCAGCAUGUCUGUUGACCAGAGAUUUGGACUUCUAAUAUGGAUUUUAGAAAUAAGUCUUUUGACGGAUGGAGCUAUGACAAGACUUUCAGAAGCCACUUUAAACAGGCUACCAAGAGAAGCUGGGGACCCUGCUCCUGUAGACUGCAGAUUGAGCUCCUGGAGUCCAUGGUCUUCAUGUAACCCUUGCCAAAAUGAAAUGUAUCGUUCACGGACCAUUGAGGCUUUUGGCCAGUUUGGUGGGAAGCGGUGCCUAUAUUCUUUGGGAGACAGGCGUAGCUGUGAGUCUGCUAGCAUCUGUGAUGAUGAAGAUGACUGUGGCAAUGAUUUUAAAUGUGAAACAGGUCGAUGCAUUAAACAGCGGCUUCUAUGUAAUGAAGACAAUGACUGUGGAGACUUUUCUGAUGAAGACAACUGUGAAAAAGACCCACGUCCUCCCUGCCGUAGUGAGAUAGAAUUGUCUGAGCUUGGCCGGACAGCUGGAUAUGGAAUCAACGUUUUAGGGAUGGAUCCUUUGGACACCCCCUUUGACAAUGAGUAUUUCCAUGGUCUAUGUGAUCGAGUUCGAGAUGGAAACACGGGGACCUAUUAUCGCAGGCCCUGGAAUGUGGCAACUCUGAAUUAUGAUACCAAAGCAGAAAAAAGAUUCAGAACAGAGACCUAUGAAGAACAUAUACUUCAAGUAGCAGAGGCAUUCAGAGAAAGGAGAACAAGUUUCGGCAUUGACCUGUCUCUAAAACUCACAUCUACUGAAGGCCCUUUGAAGUUACUCAAUGCUGUGAAAUCAUUUGAUUCUAAUUCUCCAAAAUUUGGGGAAGAUGAAGCCAGAGCUCCCGAACCCAAAAUGCUUGAAGAUCAAGUGCCCGGGGAAGAAGCAACUGGGAAUAGAGCCCCUGGAGGUAGACAACCCAAAGGACAUUCUGAUCGAAAGGAAACCUCAGAAAAGUCUGCUCUAACAUUUCGAUUUAGAUACUCAAAAAAUGAAAGUCUCUACCUUAUCAAGUACUAUUCCUCCAACAAGACAAAAAUCUUUUUAAAUGUGAAAGGGGAAGUUCAGCUUGGAAGAUUCAAUAUGCGAAGUCGAGAUUUUAUGUUGAAAAGCACUUUCUUGGAUGACUUAAAAGCUCUGCCUACCAGUUAUGAAAAGGGAGAAUAUUUUGGUUUUUUGGAAACGUAUGGCACUCAUUACAGUAGCUCUGGGAAUAUAGGAGGAAAAUAUGAAUUGAUCUAUGUGUUGGACAAAGAAGAAAUGCGCAAGAGAGGACUUGAAAUACGUGAUGUGCGGAAAUGCCUUGGGUUCGACUUGGGUUUUUCAUACCAAAAUGUAAUUGAUUUCCAAGCCAAGGUAAAUCAUUCUGACUGCUCAGCGGUACAUUCAACAUCAUUAGAUGAUGGAAGCCGUAAACAUGUUGUAGAAGAUGUUAUUUCACUCAUAGAUGGAGGAACUAGAGAAUAUGCCACUCAACUCAAGGAAAAGCUACUUCGAGGACAUGUGGUAGAUGUAACCGAUUUUCUCAACUGGAGCUCUUCCUUAGAGAAAGCACCUGUACUCAUCAAUCAAAGGCUAUCUCCAAUAAAUAAUCUGGUUCCAGUGAGAAUGAAAGAUGCACAUGAAAAGAAACAAAAUUUGGAAAAAUCCAUAAAUGACUAUCUUGCUGAGUUCAGCGCUCACAAGUGCCAGCCCUGCCAAAAUGGAGGAACUGUCAUGCUGCUGGACGGGGAAUGCAUGUGUGCCUGUGAAACUGGUUUUCGGGGAAUUGCUUGCCAAAUCAAGCCAAAUGUUUGAAGGUGAGCAAAAUUCUUUUGAGGAAAGACAUUCCCUCCCAGGCCAUCUUGCUUGCAAACUGUGACAUGCUCACUUCUAGAUUGCCUGUGAAAGCUAAAGAUGAUUGUUGAAUCAAUGUUGGAAAAUAAUAAAUUAUUCUGGAAUUUCA